UUUUACCGUCUUUUACGUACGUGCGUGAAAGAGUGUGUGAGAGAGAGAGAGCAUCAUCGUCAAAUCUCCUCCACCAUGUCCAGAGAUUCGUCCCAAAAUCGGGUUCGACUACCCACAAAAAUCCUCCAUGAAUUGGGACUGCUCUCCCUCUGGAAAUCCUCGCUAGAUGUGAAAUUGCUUUGCGCCCAGCGAUUUGUUCGGUUGUUUGCUUAUGGUGGCUCCACGCUCAUCUUAGCCUCGUACCUAUCCUCGUUAAACAUAUCCGAUGCCCAAAUUGGUCUCUUCAUGACAUUAACUCUGGUCGGCGAUGUGGUCAUUAGCUUCUUCCUGACCCUUUUCGCAGAUGCGAUGGGCCGCAAAGCUGUUCUGCUGCUAGGCUCAGCUUUGAUGGUAGGCAGUGGUGUCAUUUUCGCUGUAUUCGACAAUUUCUGGAUUCUUCUGGCAGCAGCAGUUCUCGGGGUGAUCAGCCCAAGUGGAAAUGAAAUUGGGCCCUUCCGAGCCGUUGAAGAGUCCACCCUGGCUCAUCUUACGCCUCACGAAUCCCUGAGCGAUAUAUUCGCCUGGUAUUCUCUGAUCGGCACCGCAGGCACGGCCCUGGGCAUGAUGGCCUGCGGGUGGGCCAUCAAUCUCUUACAGGUUAAAAGGGGGUGGCAAUUCAUUGCUGCUUGUCAGGUAAUCUUUUUUGCGUACGCAGCUAUUGGUGCUCUCAAAUGCAUUCUCGCUGCUGCCUUGAGUCACCACGUGGAGGCAGAGAAACAAAAACCUGCUGAGCGACAAGAUCAGCAAGGCGAGAACGGUGAGACCCAGCCUCUCCUGGGCGAGAGGACCCGCGGCGAACAGCCUCCAAAGAAGACAAGCUUCUUUUCUUUCCUGGGUGACAGGGAUCUCGUGGCAUUGGUCGUCAGACUCUUCAUUCUAUUUGCUCUCGACUCAUUCGCAUCGGGCUUGGCAACUUUGUCGUGGAUGACAUAUUUCUUCAAACGCAAAUUCUCCCUGCCGGAGGGUGAGCUCGGUUCCAUCUUCUUUACUACAAGCAUUAUCUCCGCUGCGUCGAUGUUGGUCGCCUCUUCCAUUGCCAAGCGCAUUGGCAAUGUCAAGACGAUGGUCUUCACCCAUCUCCCUUCAGCCAUCUGUCUGGCUCUUAUUCCGGUUCCGAACAUAUUACCUCUAGCCCUGACCUUCUUGGUGCUCCGGGCCUGUACCCAGAACAUGGAUGUGGCACCGCGCUCGGCUUUCCUCGCUGCGGCGCUUCCCUCGGACAAGCGCACCGCCAUCAUGGGUGCCGUUAAUGUGGUCAAGACAGGCAGUCAGAGUCUAGGGCCACUUAUCACUGGGGUGCUCUCGAAUCAUGGUCUGUUUGGUCUUUCCUUUACCCUUGCGGGUAUUUUGAAGGCCGUCUACGAUAUCGGCAUGCUACUCAGUUUUGCCGGGACGGAGCCAGUCCGUCGCCCAAGAUCUGCUCCAGAUAGCGAAAGUGCUUGAGUCGCACUUGAGCUGAAGGCCUCGCAUUGGUGGGUGUGUCGAUGCGACUAUGCAUUUUGAUGAGUGCGACAGCUUAUGUCCGCAGUAAAAGGCAGCAGAAGACGGAGGUAUAGUUGGGAAAGUGCAUUGUAUUGAUUUUUGUCCUUCACAUUCAGGCCAGCAUUAUCGCAGCAAGCCCAGAAAGAUGACUGUAUCUAGGUUACUAAUGUUUUGCUAGAAAAGUUCUCCCAACAGACCCCAAUUACAAUCUCUCAAUGAAGGUGACCUUCUGAAUCAGCCGU